UAAAAUGAUCAUUGGAACAUCGGCUAUUGGAAAUGUUCUCCCAACCAUUCAAUAGAAGUACUGAAGGAGAUGGGAACAUCAUUACCCUUUUGGAAUUACAUGUUGCUGUGGGCAUUGGUCCUGGAACAACAAGAGGUCGCAAAAUUGUGCUUGCAGAAAGUUGAGCGUGCAACAGCGAUGACGUUGAUUGCAUCCGAUUUCUAUGCUGACUUGAGUAAGAAAUGGAAGAACAUUUCGAGGGAAGACGAAAUGCAAAAGUAUAUGGUCGAAUGGACCAAUAUAUCCAAGGGAAUCAUUGACGUAUCUUACUCAGACGAUAAAAAGAAAACGGCGUCUAUGCUCUUACAAAAGCUGCCUUACUGGGACAAUAACUCUUGCAUAGAGUUGGCUUUCCAUUCUGCAAAACAGGACAUUAUUGCGCGGGACAAUAACUCGUGCAUAGAUUUGGCCAAGCACUCUAAAAAAUAUGACAUUAUUGCACAUCCUGCUUGUCAGAAGGCGUUUGAUUCAUUCUGGGAGAUGGGUCUACAUGGAAAGAAAUCGUCAAUAAUGUUUGCGAUGUGUAUUAUCUUCCCAGUACUGGCAGGACUUUUGAAAUUUAAUUCAACAGACAGUGUUAAAGAAAAAAUCAGGACAUUUUUCUACAUGUCAAAAACGAAAUUUAUAUACACCAUGAUAUGGUAUUUUGCGUUUUUGAUUCUCUUCGCCUACGUACUCGUGUUUGAUCUCGGCGACACUGUGACGACCACUCAAUACGUAUUGUUAGCAUGGGUGGUGACAAUGCUUCUGGAAGAAAUUAGACAGAUGGCACGGUCACACAGGCAAUACUUCACGAACGGAUGGAAUGUACUGGACAUCAUCACGAUCGUACUGUUUUCAAUUGGCUUUGGUCUACGAUUUACAGACAUGUUGAAUGCGGCUAGAGUCUUGCUUGCUAUAGAUUUUGUGGCUUUCGUUUUGCGCCUGAAUCAUAUAUUUUAUGUCCACAAUAUCCUUGGUCCAAAACUAAAAAUGAUUCGCCAAAUGUUUCAGGAUCUGCUGUACUUUUUGGUAAUCAUGGCAGUGUUCUUCUUUUCCUACGCCAUUUCGUCAUAUGCAGUCCUUUACCCGGAUUCACCAUUCACUUGGGAAACUGUGAAACAAAUUCUUAGACGACCUUAUUGGCACCUUUACGGGGAACUGUUCUUGGAGGAAACGGAGGGAUUGACGGACUGCACGCACGAUUCUGUUUUAUGGACAAACGGAACGUAUCCACGCUGCCCGAGCGAAACUGGAAAGAUUGUAGUACCCAUUAUGAUGGCGAUUUACCUGCUUGUUGCCAAUAUACUGCUUCUCAACCUUUUGAUCGCAAUGUUUAGCUUUACAUUUAACGAACUGAAUAAGGACUCAAACAGCCACUGGUGUUUUCAGAGGUAUGACGUAUUCAAUGAAUACGCGGACAGGCCGGUGUUGUGUCCACCUUUAAACGUGUUUUGGCUUCUGCAUUUAUUUGUUAACCGACGUAAAUCAUCAGAAAAAAAGAACGACCCGUUCAGAGUGUCUCUGGAUGACAGGAAAAUGGAAGACAUUAUUGAAUUUGAAAAGGCGGAGGUUGAAAAAUACCUUAACUCUCAGAAACUAAAAGACUCUGAAAGUACUGACGGCAGGAUAAAAACCACAAAUGAAAUACUUCAAGAUAUGAACAAAAGAAUGGACAUUAUGCAAACUCAAAUGAAAAAGUUGAUAUUAUGUACGCCUCUCCACAUGGUUAAACAGUAUUGUGAUAAUCUGAGUUUCAAAAUAACUUAAGAUGGACGGCGCUACGUUAAAGAUUACCAUGUUUAUUGUAAUCUAAACAAUAUAAAGUGUUUGUACAGACACAUUGACGGCAAACGUGAAGUGUAACAAGGCGAAGAAGAUAAAAUAGAAAAACCAAUGCAGCAGAUAUUUAAUGAGAUCUACGAACUUUUCAUAGAAGAAGAAAUCGGACGAGUAAAUGGGAUGGAAUCGUGCGAGUUGAUAAAAAUUGAUAUUUCAAGCAUAAAUGUAUUGAAGUAUACGUAUAAAUUCCAGUUUCAUGAGAGUGCGAGUGUUCAUAUUUGACAAUUUAGUUUACUAUUAAAAAUCACAGAAUAGAAACACGACACUUUGAGCUAAACGCAUACAAUGUUUUGCUUGCGAAUCAUUUAUAAUUAUUGUGUUUUAGAAAUGUAGUUUUUAGUUGAAUGAACUUCACCUUUUAACACUGUAUACAGAGAUGAAACAUUAGUUUAAAGUUUAAGCUGAAUGAAAUCGAACUGUCCACAACACGUGAUCCACAAACAUACAAUAUCAAGUUGCGAUUAGUAUAACCUCGCGUGUUGUGGAUUUACGAUAGGUAUAAAUAUGCGGAUAAUCUUGUUGGCUGCAUUUUAUAUAUUUUCCAAUAUAUCUUGCACACGCUGAUUGGGCAAUUGUUAUUUUGUUUGUACUUUGUGUAUAACAAGUUAUGGUUUGUAAGCUGACCGUAUGUUUAAUAUGUAGUUUUCAAUAAUUAUAAUUCUAUUUAGAGAAUAGUUUUGUCUGAUAUUUAUUGGAAUGAAACAUAUUUUAUCACUGUGUGUGUAUUGUCUUGCCUAUUUUCCGUAAUCCGGUUACUUAUGGAGAACGAAUAGAUAUUGGCCUGAUAAGAAACGCUUUUACCGCAAAUGAUUAUCUCAGUGUUGGAUGAAUGAAAAGUAUUGUGUUUUUGUAUUUAUUUGUUUUACUUGAUAUUUUUAAAGUGUAUGUUUUAUAUUGGAUUUUUCAAUUUAUUAUUACAUAUUUUAUAGAUGGUGGUACAUUCAUCAAAUGUAAAAAUAAUACCCCUUACUUAUAUGAAUAAAACGUUUCAUUAAUAUGUUUCUUAACGGAAGCAAUUACCAUACAAACGAUAUAUGAAGAAUUGUGUCUAUCUUUUAAGUAAAUACUUAAUUAUUGUUGACAAAAGUGUGAAUAUGAUUAGGCUAUGAAAUUGGUCAACUCGAUUUACAUGAUUUUUUUUAACUCAUUGAUUAUGUAUGAGAAGCUUGUAUCGUAUCAAAUAUUAUACUCGCUGCACUUGUUUCACGAGUGAUAUGAUACGAUACAAGCAAUUCAGUGAGAUAAUCUUUUAUCUUCAUGAUCAAAACUUUCGCUAAUUAUUGCACUUAACAUUUAUACUACGCAAAACAAAGCCGAAAGAUCAAAGGUUUGACCCUUAGUCAAAGUCCUUCAUAGGUUCGAAACUUUACCAACCCAGUAAGCCCAGACAAACAGUUAAGUCUUCAAACUUUAUUAUAUUAGUAGCAUACAUUUUAGCAGUCCUAUUUCUUCAAUAAUGUUAUACAUUCAUAAUUGUUUUUUUGUACACUAUACUAUUACCACCUGUAAUCUUAUUCCUUUUCAUGUUAACAUUAAUAUAAAUAAAUAAAUAAAGGCUCAUUAUUAUUAUGUCUAGCUCUUACAGUGAUUUUAAGAUAUGCAUGGGGUAUUUCUGCGAAAAGUGUAAUUAAUUACAUUGUUAUAUGUUAAUUUAUUUUUAAAAUUUAUUUUAAAAGUAAAUUUACGUCAACUUUGUUGUUUGUUUUUUAAUCACGCCAGACACUAAUAUUUUUACAAUAUAAAGAAGGGUUUCCUCCUUGUGCAAAUAGAGUAUGUAAACAAAUCAUCGUUCGCUUAGUUCUCAAAUAGGCUUUACUUCUUCUAAAUUAGUGGUUUAUGUGAAAUAUACCUUAUGUAAUGUUGUUUUUUUUUGUGAAAAUCAUUUUAUGCUAAACGAACAAAAAUAACAUAUAUUAUUAGUACACUACAACGUGUAAUAAAAUUAAAAUACUGUUCUUGAAUAAUAGACCAUUUGAAAUGCAAUAUACACGUACACCAUUUAGUCACUUCUUUUAAAUGUGUCAUUCCUUUAGUCUUUAUAUUGCUGUUUAUGUUGUGAAAGUUUUCGUUAAAUUAAAUACUUGAGUUUUCUUUCGCUGUAUCUAUAUGUUACUGUUGUGGUUUAUAGUUUAUAUUUUCGUAUUGAAUGGUGUAAACGUAUGCAACACGUAGUCAAUAGGCGCAUUAUUAAAUAUCAUGGUCUUUGUUUUGAUAAAUCUGUUUGCACUAAUUUAAUGUUAAAUAUAAUUCAUACCUCAAUUGCUGUUACGAUAUAGUAUGUUAUAUUUUUAAACCCGACUUAUGAUAAGUAUGAAGUUUAUAAUGCGUAUAGUUAGUAUUUAGUUUUCUUUCCUUAAUGAAAAUAUAUUGUUUUGCGAGUCACGAUGUUGUAAGGCAUUGCAUCACUGACGAAUAAUAUCAGAAGUUCCCUAUUUUAUUUGUACAAAAAUAUAAAUAACCAAGGAGUUGUUGAAAAUAUGUAUUGUUUACAAAUAUUAGCGUCUCAUAAAAGAGUUCCAAAUUUAUAUAUAAAUUUUUAUCAAUGUGUGAUACUUUAAUGCCUCUGAUGUGAUUGUAGUUACUAUUAUUUAAACAACAGACUAUCCUCCUGGUGUCAACAAAAUGCAUAUUAUAAAUACACGACUGAAAAUUUAACUUCAAAGUAAAGUUUUUUUUAUUUUUUAUAUAGUUAAAUAGUUUUUUAAUCGCUAAUUAAUUGUCUUGAAGACAGGGUCUAAAGACUCCAACUAUCUUCAUAUAUAUUUAUUUAAUUAGUAUGUUUAGUGAAUUAAGUAAUUUUUUUUUAAUUAUAUUUAUUUAAUAAAAAUAUGCAGGAAGGUCGUCCGGUCGGCCAGAAUCCAAAUGUGUACUGCCUCGAAAUCCGCAAUUAUUUGAAUGGUUUUGAAAUAUCUUGGCGCAUUUUUAUUCGUGUUAGACUAAACGUUUGCUGUAUGAGAAAAAUUGGCAUGCUCGAUUAUCAAAUAGUAACUGUCAAGGUUAGUUUAAAUCUUGUCUAUAAAACUCGAAAUACUAUUUGUACGUGGUACGUUUUAGGUUUGCAUGCAUGUCAAAGCAUAAUGAGGUGGCAUUUAUAAGCUCGAGCGAAAUACCUGAUAAUAUACCUUGUUGUUUUAAGGCUGACUUUAAUAUUUUUAAUGGAAUAUGUAGCAAUUAAAUUGUAAUUCCUUGCAGCUUUCAUACUAUUGUUCAUUUAAAGUACAAAGAAAAUAUAUUUACAUUAAAACGUAUUUUGUUAUUUAUAUGGUGAUAAAUAAAUGAAAAGCCUUAAAACUACAAGUUUAAUACAUGUAUAUUUACUUAGAUGACUAGUGUACGCACUUAAUAGUAUAAUCAGCUGCACAUAAGGAAAUAAAAUUUGCACGUG